AUGGGGCCUCCACCAGAUACUGUUCAACUCGGCUCUCUGGUUUCCCGAGAGGGUUUGCUGUUUCCGCUUAGCUUAUUACCCAGCCGGGUAUCUCCCUCCAGCUUUGGAAGGAGCACGUUCUGUGCAAUCAUUGCUCAGUUGACUGAGGAGACCCAGCCCGUCUUUGAAACAACUCUCAAAUCAUAUGCUGUAUCGAAGGAUGCUGACGCCAAAUUCACGUGCAUUGUGAUAGGAUACCCACAGCCAGAUGUGACCUGGUACAAAGAUGAUGAAGAAAUGGAUCGAUACUGUGGCUUGCCAAAAUAUGAGAUUUUCCGACAUGGGAACCGACACACUCUGCAGUUGUACAAGUGUCAAGAGGAAGAUGCAGCCAUUUACCAGGCUUCAGCAAGAAACAACAAGGGCAUUGUGUCCUGUUCUGGUGUUUUGGAGGUUGGAACCAUGACGGAGUACAAAAUUCACCAACAGUGGUUUGCCAGACUCAAGAGGAAUGCUGAAGCCAAGCUGUGCGAGAUAGAGCAGAGCAGGAAGCGAGGGAAAGAGAACAUGGAAAUGGAACAGCUGAGACGAGUGAGCCCAGACAGAUUCCAGAGGAAGCGACGGUUGACGGGGGAUUUGGGGAUGCAUUCGGGCACCUCUCUCUGGGACGAGGAGGAAGUGGCCAAGGUGCGGAUCCCAGAUGGGAAGGCCUGCUUUGGUGAAGAUGAGAAUGCCAAGAACAGAGAGGCCUCUCUGACUGCCACCUCCCUGUUCCCAAAUGACUUCAUAACAGGACAUCUGGAAACAGAAGUGGCCACCACCAAUGGGGACGCCACUCUUGAAAGUGGGGAAGAAAAUGGGGAAAGAAACGACGAUGGCUUUCUUCAAUAUAUUUACGAGACGGUGGAAAUUGUGACCAAAGAAUUUGCAGCGAAGAAGAAAAAGAAAGAGGAAGAUAGUGCAGCUGCACCAAGUGCAGGCCAGGAUGUUUCCCACCAAGAGGAUGAUCUGCAACAGAGGAGAAACAUCUCUGUGCAGAAAGAUGCUGUGCCUGUUGUGUCAUCCCAGAAAGUAGCAUCUCCUACGGUCAACGGAAGGCCAGUGGAAGCCAAACCCCAAGAAAAGUCCAAGUCCCCACUGCAUCCCUCCCCUUCCAAACCAGAUAGACAUUUUUCGCUAAAAGAAAUAUAUGAUGAUGUUGGGGUAAAGCCUAAAGCUGAGAAGAAAGUGCCAGAAAGUAAGACAAGGUCUACGGAGAAGGCCCUUCCUGCAGGAAAACUUUCCAACGUGGAGGACACUCUUCCAGCGACUGUUCAAGCUUUGAAAAGGUCUAAACCAGAGAAAGUAAGAAAUGAAACGCAGGCCAGGCAGAAAGCUGAGGGCUUUGAGACAAAGCAUAGCAAAGUGGUAACCACUGGGACAGACAGGAAAUUGAACACCAAGCGAUUCCAGCACCCCAGCCGGGCUGCGGAGCCCACGACAGAGGCCCAGAUGGGACAUAGGGUGGGACAUCCAAGCAGCAGGGCCUCGGAGCCAGGUCAAGCUGGGCCAACAGGAGUUGGGAGUCCACCUCCCUUUGCAGUGGAGAAUGAAGGGGAACUCCUCAUCCGUGAAACAGACUUGCUGGACUCUCCCCUCCCUGAAGCUGAGCCAGACCUGCAGCUCCAGAAGGCUGGGCAUGUGGGUUUGCCCCUGCCUUUGCAGGAACCAAGGCAAGCCUUUCCCCCAGUAGCCUUGGAGGAGAAACUGUUGCCUGAUCCAGGGCCUUCUGAGGCAUCAGAAAACUCACAGUCAAGCUUGUCUGUUGCCUGUGAUUUGCAGUCUCCAAAUUCCAGGCUUUGGGAAGAAGGAAAAGAGGAAACCACUUACUUUUCACCAAGGAAAAAUAUCCCUGGAGAUUUAGGAAUAAAAUGGUCAGAGAAGAAAACUGGUUCCAGCCCAGAAAUCCAAGACUCAGGUGUGGGGAUGCUACACCUGGAAGAUCACCAGCCAGCAAUUUUCCAGAAUUGUCCAGUGACUUCUUGGAAUCUCUCAGCCAUUUCUUCUGGUGUCCCACUACCAAAUGGAAUGGAGAAUCUGCUUCAGAAGGAAGACAUGGGAAAGUAUUCUCCAGGUUUGAGCCAGGAUGAAAUCCAAAGAGGACUACCUCCUAAUCAUGAGAGUAAAAAGCCAAUUACUCCUGCAUUACCAGCCCAGGAAGCCCAUUUUAAGGGUAGACCCAUGGAUAAAUUGGACCAAGUUGCUCCUCGGACUGAAGGCAUGAGAGAAGAAGAACAAGAAGAAACGGUUAAGUUAUUGAGAGACAAUAUACCCAGUCCCAAAAUGGAUUUAGUGCCUGAGGGGAAGAGACCAUCUGAAAUAAUAGGGAGACCACUGCUGCUCCCAGAAGUUGCUGUAGCAACCCCAGAUCUUUCUCAAAUUGUUUCAGAGGGUCCUCCUCCAGUUCCAACAGUGAUGAUACCUCCUGUGCUUCAUGAUUCCCAAGAACCAACUCUGCUUUCUCCAGUUAAAGAAGACCUUGCUGAGAGGAACCAAUCUGCAGCCCAUUUGCGAAAAGAUGUUAAGAGAGAAACAGAAACUCAGCAACCAGCUAGGAUGGUGGCUUCAGAACCAGACCAACAAGUCACCAGCACUGUUAUCAAGGAGGUCUGUGUGCAGAAAGAAUAUGUGGUUCCUCCAAGGAGUAAAAAAGAUAAGCAGGAGCCUAUAACUUACACCAAGAAGACAGAGGUUAGAGAUAAGGAAAAGGAAAAAAUAGGUUCUGAUAUUCUUUUAAUAGAGAAUUCUCCUCAUCCUGAGGCUGUAGUGGAGGAGAAUCAACCACUGGAGAAAGAGCAGCACCAAGACCUUGUUUCUUCUUUGAAAAAUUAUUUGCUUUUGCUCUUAAAGAUCACCACUGAGUCAGAGAAAAGCAAAGGCAGCCCAAAGCAAGAAGCCAAGAUUGUGGAGGAGAAGACUCCACUAAGUGCUAUUCCAAAACACCUGCCAGAUACGGGCAUUGCAGGAUUAACUCCCAAGACCUCAAGGAAGAUCUUUGAACAGGUUGAGACCAAUCAGCUUUUCCAAAGUGCUGAAAACUUGCAGCUGACUCCCAAGACUUCUCGGAAACUCACAGGAAUGAUUAACCAAGAGCUGCUGGCUUGCCAAAAGAGCCUAAGCGUUGAACCAGAGGCACCUCCCUUGCCCUGCGUUCCCUCAAUUGUGGUAGGCAGCAUUGCAGGUGAACCAGCAGGUCUCCCGAAUCUUCCCUCUUCUGAGAUUGCCAGUGAGACCCCAGCAGCUCUACCAAGUGCCACACCCCAGGAGCUGGCAUCUGGGGCCCGUCGUAAGAUCUAUCUACCCAAAGCCAAACCAGCUGAUGAGAUGGAAGGAGUGGCCCUUGAGGGUCAGGCAUGGGCCAAGAGAGACAGUCCCAGUGUGUCUCCACAGCAGGGCCGUAGGAGCCAGGCUCUCUUGCAGACCCCAGCCCCAGGUUCUCCUCCUGUGGAGAAGCGCUCUCCAACCUUUGCCAGGAAGAUGGCAACUCUGGAAGUUCCCAAGAUGUAUCAGGAGCUGGCAGAAGAAAGCAAGGAGGAUGACAGCUCCCCAUUGGCUCCAGAGAGUAUAGAAGAAAGUGCAACCGAAGUCCCAGUGGGAGAAUCUAGGAAAACAAAUGAUCCAUUUAAAGCGCCACAAGUAGUCCGCAAGAUCCGCGCAGAACAGUUCUCUGAUGCUUCCGGGAACUUGAAGCUAUGGUGUCAGUUCUUCAAUAUCUUGAGUGACUCCAAGCUAGUUUGGUACAAGGAUGAAGUGCCCAUAGCUGAUGUCAAAAGAAGCUCUGGAGAUGAAGGACAGGCAGCCCUGGCCAUUGUGCAGAUGUCCCUGAAGGAUUGCGGGGUCUAUCAAUGUACCAUCCAGAAUGAAUAUGGGACUGACAGUACUGACUUCCUGCUGAGCCCUCAAGUGCUGUCUGGAUUUAUCUCCAAAGAAGAAAUAGAAGCUGGAGAGGAGAUUGAGAUGACCCCCAUGGUGUUUGCCAAAGGCCUAGCUGACUCUGGCUUUUGGGGGGAUAAGCUGUUUGGCCGGAUCAUGGUGGAGGACCUGGAGGCAGGACAAGGAUUUCUGCGCAAGGCCUGCCGUGCCCGGGCCAUUUAUGGACUUGAGCCGGUGUUUGAGUCUGGGCACACUGGUAUUAUUAAGGUCCACAACCUCAUUGCAUUUGGUGGACGCAGUGAGAACACACUGGUGGAGAGGAACUACGAUAUCACCAUUCAGGAGUGUAAAAUCCAGAAUUCAAGUCGGGAAUACUGCAAGAUCUUUGCUGCAGAGGCCCGAGCCAUUCCUGACUUUGGGUCAAUACCUGAGAUAAUCCCACUUUACCUAAUCUAUCGACCAGCCAACAAUAUUCCUUAUGCAACCAUGGAGGAAGACUUGCCCGGCUUGUUUCAGCAUUACUGCAGACGAGAAAGAGAUGGCAACAGCUUGGCUCCAGCCAACCCCUCGGAGACUGGGCAGAAAUGCUGUGCUUUCCAGCACUGGCUUUACCAGUGGACAAAUGGCAAUAUCUUGGUGACAGACUUGGAAGGGGUUGGAUGGAAGGUCACCAAUGUGAAGAUUGCUACCAAAACCAAGGGGUACCAAGGCCUGAAGGACAGCUGCUGCCCCACCCUCCUCAAUCACUUUGUUGCCUCCCAUCAAUGCAAUCGUUACUGUGAGCUGCUUGCUCUGAAGAGCCUUGAGGUUCCUCAACCUCCGCCAAGAACCAAGGGCUCUCGGAGCCCCAGCAUGGGCAGAAAGACUUCAUCAGCUCAGUCCAGCCCUCAGCUCCAGAAGAAAGGCCUCUCUAGCCCCCAGGCUUCCAGGAAAGGUUCUGUGAGCCCCAAGAGUGCCCGGAAAUGUCCAGAACAUGUGGCGGAGUCACAGUCGAUGGCAUGGCCCAAAGGAAGAGACAAUGACAAGGCUGGACAGCUGCAGUGAUGGGCAGUGGGGGCCAUAAGCCAUACACGCUGUGUGUGCCCGGGAGAGAGGACAUGAUUACCUUGUCCUCCUGUGGCUCCCCCUGCCUUUCCAUGUGUGAGGUCUGUGUGUGGUGUUUGAGGGAAAGAGGUAUGCUGUGCCUAUCUGAACAUGGCUCUCUGGGCGGGUUUGGAACCCCCCAUGAACGACUGUGUGAAUGCAACAGUUUGGUCACUGCCGGCCCUGCAUAGAGUGGUAUCUGUGUUCACAGUCCCAUCACAUGAGGCAGGAACCUGGCACCCUGCUUAGGUGCCUAUGUGAUUCUGUUUCUCCUCUGUGUUUGGGCCAUGUUUUUCAUCUUGAGCCUGUCCUGUGGCUCCCAAUAGGUUGAAGUCCAAGAAAGGGGCUGGACACCAGGUGGUCAAGUGGACCUAUGCUCUGCUGGGCUGUAAUACAGGACUCAUGCCCUUGACUGCAGCACGUCCCCCACCAAAGGCCAAUCGUUCUCUGCUUUUCCCACGAUGGUGUGGGCCACAACCCCAGUGAGACUCUUGAUUAGUAACUUUUGCCUAAUCCUCUCUUCCCAUCCACACCCCAAAGAAUACAUAGGAGUAGAGAGCUGACUUCUCCCUUCUCCUUUGGAGGGAGACGCUGCUGCCUUGAUGGGACUCCGUGACAUGGGUGUGGUGGUAUCUUCCUGCCUCUGUGUUUGGGGACAAUUAAACUGUCAAGUGUGUCAUGGCUAAGCUGAGAGGAUGUUUGGUCAAUCAGGUGGGGCUGUUGAGAUUAACAGAAGAUUCAACCCUUUUUGCUCUGACUGUUCUUCCUGUUCCAUCCAGUAACGCCAUGUACUACAUGGAGGUGAUGGAGCACAUAUUUUGCACACAGCUCUGUUUUCAGUCGAUGUUGAUCUCCAGUUUAGAGAUCAAAGAGCAGGAACUGGGAAACACUGCUACCAGAGACUCUGGGACAUGCUGCUAAUUAUUCAAAGCAGUUUCGUAUGUUUCUUACCUGUUAAUGACCACAGAUAGGCUGCAUUCGCAUAACAUGCUUAACCGGGUUACCGAAUUAAUCUUCUUUUCUGGGUUCACAUUGUAAUUGACCCAUAAGUUAACCAAAGAAGCUGGGUUCACACACCAAACUCCCCCCAAAAGAGAAAGCCAGACCUGGGCUAACAGUAACCAAGUUCAGCAUGUAUGAAUGCAGUUGCUAAGUUUGCAGCUGACAAGUGUAUUGUAUGAACAUAGCUACAGUGUGUUGCCUAUAGCUUCCUCAGCCUAACAUCUUCUAGAUGUGUGGGGAUUAGCCAGAAUCAAAACGUCUGGGAAUUCUGGAAGUGCAGGUCUGUCACAUCUAGAGGGUACAGGGUUAGGGAAGACCUUUUACAUAGAAAUAUCUCUCCCUUGAACAGCAUCCUAUCUUUAUAUAUUUUGCUUUUUCCCAAAUUUCUCCUUAGGUGAUAAAUGCAGGUUCUAUAGCAGCUGUCUGCGGCCAGCAAGACUUUAAGCACUGCCUACUGUCAAAUGACACUGCCUGAUAGCUAGCCUUUUCUCCAGGCUUGAUUGAAUUACCCUUAGGAUGGAAAAGUCACUGAGAAAGGAGACCCUGGAACAACCUAUUGAAUGUAGGUUGUCCCACCAGCUCUUCUUUCACCAAAGACAAUUGUAUAAUCUAUCACAAUGUGGAGAGCUACCACUUGUGAAUAUAGAUCAUUGUCCCCCCUUCAUCAUAAUUUUAGAUGGAGAACACUUCAGGAACCAAACAGGAACCCUGAUGUGAUGCAGUAGCAGGGCAAGGUGGGCAAAAUCAGUGUGUAGUGGUUUGUCCUGCUAAAGGGUUUUCUUCACGUGCAUUUCAAUUUGAAAACAAUUCAUUACAAAUAUUGCUGCUUGAUACUAAUGCUUGAGUUGCAGAAGCCAAAGAAUGGGGCAAGAUUCCAAUUGUGGACUUUCCCCACAGUGGUUCAUGCAACAAACCAUGGAGAACCUCAUUUGAUGUACCGGAGCUUCUGUUGAAGCUUGAUAGGGGUGUGGUAGGGCCAAAUCUUGUCUUCAAGGCUUCUUCACAUGCAGGAAUCAUUCUGCAGGCCCUCCUUUAUGAUAAUGGCUUAGAAGAAUAGGGGAUUUUGGGGAGAAAUCGGGACUGAAUAGGUUAUGUAAUGCUGGACUCCAAGAAAAAAAUGAACAACCUAGUUCUGGGGUUCAAGAGUUGCUGAAUAAAGUGAAACAGGAUGUAACUUGUCCGUGGAAGCAGCUGAGAUCUUCUCUGAAUUUCUGUAUUGUAUGUGCAUUUGUCUUCUGAAAUCUGGCUGAUUUCCAAGACUUUGGUAAUCCUAGGCCUGACAACAUACUUCCUUGGAAAAUAUGAAUGAGGACAUUGGUUUAUUUUACAAUGAGUAAUUUGGCCAUCUGCAAUUUUGAGUUUUUUUACUACUUGGGAAGGAACUCCAAGGUUAGUGGGGUUUACCCUCAGAUGUACUGGGCGUAAGUCCCAUUGAAAUUCAGUGGGGAUUAUCUGUGAGUAGACCCGCAUAUAGUCACAUCAGUAGUGGAAGGACAAACAGAAAUGAAUGCAAAGAGAUCAAAGGAAGGC